AAAUGUCCGGAAGUGACGCCAUACCAGUGUCCUUCUUAGAGGAUAUUUGCUACAGAUUUACAAACUCAAUAUGCCGUAUCUCAAUAGUGGACGGUUAUAGCGAAGUUCAAGUCACGGGAUUUCUCGUUGGACAAAAUCUGGUGAUGAGCGUGUAUCACGUGUUUCAUGGAAUAAUAGAAUCUAACACAAAGCGCGCAAAUAUAUUUGCAAUAUUUGGAUUCAAAGGCAAGUCAUUGACAGUGGGUCAGAAGCAGUACUACUUUUACAACACUCCAGCCUAUAUUAACCCUGAGUUAGAUGUCAUCAUUUUCCAGCUCAAACCGGAUAUUGGGUUACCGACUGGAUGUAUCUUAACGAAAGAGAGGUUGUCUUUUCACGAAAGAAUCACAUUUGUUGGCCAUCCUUACGGUGAACCACAGAAAAUCUCCGUUGAAUGUCCAAUUUUGACACCGGAACACCCGAUUGUUCUAGAAUCCAAUGAUUACUUCCGCCGACAGUACGGUCCUGGGGGAUUUCAAGGUAUCAACGACCCUCACUCAGUAUUAGUUCAAUCAAGGAUAGGAGGGGGAGCUGCUGGAUCACCUGGCAUUGUGCAACGCGGAAAUGCGUCACUUGCCUGCAUGCUGACUACGGCGUACCCAACAUUCCGUGCCCAACUUCCGCCUCGGGAUUUAAAUUAUUCAUUUGAAAAAGCUGUUACAAUGGAGUCGCUGUACAGCCGUUUAAAAACAGACAAUCCUCGAUUAUGCUUCUCUAUUUUCUUACUGCAAACCAUAUGCCAGGGUGAUACAAUAUAA